AUGGCGGUUACCAUACCAAUAACUUCUUAUGUUGGAGUGCCACGAGAGGAAGUUACUCCUGUCUUCAGAACGGCGUGCUAUCUUCGCUUCCGGAAACCUGAUGUGGAUAUGCUGUUGCAACAUGUCGAUACAUGGUUGGACCACACGGUCGUUUCGGCUCUGAUUGAAGCUGCACUUCGCCUACUUCCCCCAGCCAACACACCGGAAGGCAAGAUUGAAGCAGCGCAGAGAAUGCAAAAGAAAGCUAAAGAGGCAGAAACGGCCGAGGCGUCUUUCGUUGAUCGUGUGCGAAGUUUUGGCCACCAUAUCCUCACUGAGAGCGAGCAGAAAAAACUGCAACUGCGUCCAACGCCCAAUAUUCGAUUCUCAGAGCCUAUUAUGAUUGACGGAUGUCUAUGCUACUGGCUUGAGUACAAGAAUUUUUUCGGCUUCCGAUCAAACCCGUUCAUUGCCUCAAAGACCAUAAAGCAGCUGAAGAAAUAUGCUUCGUGCCUAGGCCCAGGAGCUGUGGUAUACAAGUUGGGAUUCAAGACAGGUCAUAUCGUUGAUACUAGGAUUCAUUUAUUUCGUGAGGCAGAAGCUCUUCGCUUCCUUGAGCGGACAGCUAUUGAUUCCACACUCGGCAGUGGCUUUCGGUAA